GAAAGAAUUUGACCUUGACCUGACAUUGCCCAAGAGGUACAGUAAUGGGGUCAUCUAGGGGUCACUGCCUGGCUUAUCAAAAUAUUUUGUAUAUAUAGUCUAUUUUGUCUAGCACAUUGUGCUCUGUGCUUGAAAUGCGCUAUACAAAUAAACUUAACCAGAGAAGCAAACAAGAAAACUGAAAACGGUAGGCAUACUCCUUCUCAGAUGGGUGGGAUAUUUAUUCAGGGACAAACAAUCACUUUGAGAAAUAUUUUGUAUCCAACUUCAUCUACCUAAUUUUUGUCUUCUUUCUUUCUGACUAGCGACAUUCAUUCACAAUAUCAACAUGAGAGAAGCCAUCAUUGAUGUUCUUUUUCUUGGAGGAUCCUUGAUAGGAAGUAGGCAAUAUGCUAUAGCUUAUACUGUACGCAUCCCAUGAUAGUCACCUACAUUACAGUAAGCAUUGUAGACUGACUGAUUUUUUUUAACAGACAGACUCAGGAUCCUUCUCAGUCUCCUUCCUGUUAUCAUGAUGGGUUUGGGGGCCAGGCAUUUCCAUGAGUGCCCUAAAGAGCCCAUGUUGACAAUCUACCUGGUGGUGGGGGGCGCUGCCUCUCUCGUCCUGCAACUGCUGCCCUUCCUCUACUGCCACACCACCUCUGGCAAACCAAACAUCGUCUGCCGCAUCUGCAACUUUGUUCUAUACCUCUUCUGCUUUGUGUGGCUGAUCAUCGGAAGUGUUUUUGUGUACAGAGCAUAUCUGCCGAACUUUGAGUCCAGUCAGUCUCCAGAGUACUGUGAGAGGACCCUCUACAUGGUCACCUUCUUGUUCACCACGGGAAUAUACAUUAACAUCCUCAUAGGCAUCAUUGGUCGCUGUGUGUAUAUUUUGCUGUGUGGAAAGUAGCCUACCUAACCUUAUAACCUAACUCUAAGGCUGUAUUGGUGUACAUUAUUGAACUUUUCUUGACAUUGUUAUGGACUUUAAUAACCCUUUUUAUAACCUCUGUUUGCCAUUGAAUGUUUUACGGCAGUCACUGUGAAACUGUCAUUUUAAUAAUAUUAGCUAGCUAAGAUGUAGUUAAAGUUGCCGUCAGUAAAUGCAGGACCUUGAGCUUGGCCAAAGAGAUGCAACAUCAAGGAUGACACUUCCCUUGUACUCCUCUCCUAUCAGUUCAUUGCAUAUGGCGGAGCACACAGUUGAGCACAGCAACAGCAACAGCCUGACUGAAAGGGGCUAUGCGCCCCUUAUCAAGUUCCCAAUUGUUGUGAGAGUGGUAAUUUUCUGUUUGUUUUGUAUAUGGCUCCAACAAACAACAGAUUUCCAAUAGAUAUGCUAUGUCUAUAUGUAAGAACGAUUGGAAGACUUGUCAGUCACCUUUAAACGUGAAAUUCAAAUAGUUCCUCAUCUAGAGACAAAGACAUAUGUAGCAUGUGAUCUGUGGACUGACAAUGAGCAAUGAACUGACUGAUAGGCUGAUAUCCUCUUUUUUAUGCAUGAAUGUCAUGGCAUAGAAUCACUGUUUCACUUUCAAAUGUUUCUAUUCUGUUUGUGUGUUUUUAACGAAUUAAUCAUAAUCUACUGUCAAUAAAUAUCAGUGUAAGCUCCUGUCCUAUUUUUUAUCAUUUAGUAACAAGCUGGUAACCCUAGUUGUUUGAAAUCAAAAUGGUUGCUCAAGUGACAAGAGGCAGCUCGAAGUUGCAAAUGAUGCACCAAGCUUUCCUCACAUUAAGCCACAGGAGAGGAAGAGGGUCAUGUUGUAAGCGGUGUGGCCCA